UCAAGAAACACGGAAUAUUGCCAUCUCGCCUGACGCGAGCCAGUUUUUGACACUUCCGGGUGGAUGGCGUAGGGGAGGGACGCUGCGUGAAUGUGUGUUUGAGUGGAAUUUGUUUGUUUUUCUUCAUUUCUUCGUCAGGAUGAGUUGCUACAUUCAAGUAGCUGAGGAGGAAAAUGAAGAGCCUAUGGAGAUACCGUGUGAGGAAGAUAUGGGACUCCUGCUGACGACACUGUCGGCGCAGUUCCCGGGUGCCUGUGGUCUGAAAUAUCGCACAGAGUCAAGAAGUUUGCGUGGUGUGCGGCUGGUAGAUGGAAAAUUUCAACCUCCGGAUGGUGGAUGGGGCAGUGUGGUAUACCUGUGUGUAUUUCCCAAAGAAACUCCUGAAGAAAACAAGCGCAAGAAUGAUGAGCUGCUGGAGUCGGGGCUGGCCAAGACCAAGCGGCUGGAGCUCAAGCAGAAGUGCUCCGACCUGAUCGUGCUCGGCCUGCCCUGGAAGACCACCGAGCAGGAGCUGCGCGAGUACUUCGAGCCGUUCGGCGAGGUCCUCAUGGCUCAGGUGAAGAAGGACCCGAAGUCGGGCCAAAGCAAGGGGUUCGGCUUCAUCCGCUUCGGCACGUUCGAGUCGCAGAUGCGCGUGCUCAGCCAGCGCCACAUGAUCGACGGCAGGUGGUGUGACGUGAAGAUCCCCAACUCCCGCUCCAUGGAGGGCCAGCAGCACCAGGUGCCGUGCAAGGUGUUCGUGGGCCGCUGCUCGGACGACAUGACCCCGGACGACCUGCGCGACUACUUCGGCCAGUUCGGAGAGGUCACCGAUGUCUUCAUCCCCAAGCCGUUCCGCGCGUUCGCCUUCGUCACGUUCCUCAACCCGGACAUCGCGCAGAGCCUGUGUGGCGAGGACCACAUCAUCAAGAACACGUCGGUGCACGUGAGCAACGCGGCGCCCAAGUCCGACCACGCGGGCCGGCACGGGUUCGGGCGCGGCCACCCGCGCGACGUCGGCCGCGGCCCCGGCAUGGGCGGCUACGGCCCGCCGCAGCACAGCUACGGCGGCCAGGGCAUGAACGGCGGCUGGGGCGGCCAGCACCAGGGCAGCCGCGGCAACGAGAUGCCCAACCUGGCCGCGCUGGGCACCUCGCUCGGCCUCGGCGGAAGCAUGGGCCAGGGCGCCCACCAGGGCAUGGGCGGCGGCCAGGGCGGCAGCAUGAACCCGGCGCAGAUGGGCGUCGGUGCGCUGAACCUGGGCCUGAACCCGCUGGCGGUGGCGGCGGCGCUGAACCAGGCCGGCUGGGGACUGCUGAGCAACCUGCCCGGCCAGAGCCCGGACACGCCGAUGGCGUACAGCCAGGCGGGCCCGGCGCCGGCUAGCCAGGCGCAGGGCCCGCCCUCGAUGGCGCCCAGCAGCCAGGCCGGCGGCGGCCCGGCCGGCGGCGGCUUCCUCAGCUGGAUGAACCAGGGCGGCGGCGGCGACGGCGGCGGCAUGGCGCAGCCGCCGGGCUCGCAGCCGCCGGCCGGCGGCGCCGGCUGGCCUCAGCGCUCCGACCCCAAGCAGGCGGGCGGCUACAACCGCAACCCCACCUACGACGUCUAAGCGGGGUGGCGCGGUGGAGGCGGGGUGCGAGGGCGGCGCGAGAGAGCGUGAGAGGCCUGGGGCGAGCGGGGCCGCCCGUCCCAAUAUUCAGAUAGACGACACACUUGGGUGUUUACCUGUUGGCUUUGUUAUUGUUACCGGUGUGCAGGAUGGCGUGGUCGUAGCGGGCUCCUCUCCACCUCUGUUUCCGGGGCUGCACCGCGCACGUCUCGCCCGUCUGACUCACUCCCGGAGGCGGCGCGGCUGCUCGGCCGCCGCUCGCCUCGCGUGGCGCGCCGGACGUCAGCCGGCCACGCGCGCGCCUCGGCGCCCGCCCCGGGCGCGGGCGGGCGCGCCGCCGGCGCACUGCGCCCGGUCACAUCUUCGGUAUGCGGUGAUGCUAUAUAACCCUCUUCGUAGAGACGGGCGGGCUGGGCGCUCGCGCGCGCGGCACCGCCGCGCCGCCCGCCGCGUUUAACCACUAGUGACGAUAACUCCUCAAUGUUGUAGGCGACUGUCGGCGCGCCAGGUUGUCGUGUAGCUGUCGCCGCGCACGUCGCGCUCACUGUUCCCUUAUCUCUCGAACGGUCACGUUUUAGGCUGUCGGCCGCGGCGGUGGCGACUCGCCGCCGCGCCGCCGGCGCUCCGCGUGAUAGAAGGAGCCGUCCGGGGCGUGGCAGCCGCGCUCCCGUGCAGUCGGGCCGGGCCCUCCCGUUGCGUCAGUCUGCUCUCCCUCUGCGUGUGCGUGUGCGUGCGGGUGCUUAGGUUAGAGGGGGCGCCGCGGGCGCGCCCGCCGGCCGCCCCCGGCGUAAAUACCGUCUGUGUGGCGAGUGGGUACGGGCAACUUCGGGCCGGGGAACAGAAAGGCGCGCGCGUCGCGACCCGCCGCUCGCGCGGCGGCCAGUCUCAGCCACUGGGUUUUAGCAGGUCAACUUUGGGCGGCGUCUGUGCACAGUGACGAAGCGGCGGCGUCCGCUCCGGCAGCCAGGCUUGUUUUAAAUGUUUUCGACCAAGUACAAAGCAUGGAGUAAAAUGGAGCUGUAGAUGGUACUACCGGGAUGAAUGGGCGGUGAGAUCCAGAGAGAACGGCCUGUGGGAAGAACGGGAGUGGCGGCGGCGCGCCGUCGCCACGUGCGAGGGAUGCCUCUGUUUUGCUCGGCUGGUCGAUUCGGCGAUGAGCGCGGCGCUGGCGGCCGCUGUGAGUCCACGCAGGGGAUGAAGUGACGGUCCGUCGAAAAGUGACGCUAAUUUAUUGAAUACAUACACUAUACCGGAUAGGGGACGACUUUGUGUGCUAAGUUACUUGUCCGAGUGUUUAUAAGAAAAUAAAUAUAUCUCCCACGCAGAACAGAUA